AUGCUCGGGCGGCUGGAAGACUUACUUCGGCUUGAGUUGACUCAUUCCCAACCCUUUUCGAACGACUCAUCAGUGUCUAGCAUCGAAGGCUUUCCGCGUCUGCGAGAUGAUAAUCGCCUUGGCCUGCUGUAUCAUCUGAGAGUUCGCCAGCCGUCUCUUUACCUUUUCCCUACCACUCGCUUCUCUCUUGGCCCAGACUUCAACGAGAAGCUCAGGAUCGCAGGGCGUUCUGGUGAGAAGGGAGCUUCCACCACCACUGUGACUCCGACAGUAAGCCAGUCGGCAGAGUUGCUUACUUCGGAAGUGAGCUUCUCCAGCAUCUUG